AGGGAGAGGAACGGGCUGUAGCCAAAGUGGCUAGCUAGCACAAAAAAGGGGAAGAGAGAAAUAGAGCUGUCAUAAAACUUUAAGGAAUGUUUCUCUCAUCAAACGAGCAAAUACAGCUGAGGAGAAAACAGCCUCGGCUUUUCGCGUGCAUGAGAUGAUGACAGACCAUCAGCGGUGGGUGUUUGUGUAGUCAAGCAGCUCUUGUUCGUGCGAGGGAGCUGUUAGAUUAGAUUAGCAGCUAGCAGUCUGUUAUUAUUAGCACGCUAAUGCUAAAUGCAAUCCUCGUCGUCAGAUUUACAGACACAUUCGAUCCAGAUCCGUCUUUAUGAAGGAAGAGAGGGGAAUUAAUCUCUAUUUAAAGUGAUGACGAAGGCUUUGGCGUUCACAUGAUUGACAUUGCCCAGUCACAUGGCCAGACUCUGCGGUUAGCAUCCUUCGGUCAGCAGAUAGGACCGUCCCAUGCCCUCACCUGACUGGGUGUACAAGGAUGAAGAAGAUCAGUCUGAAGACGAUCAGAAAGUCACUUAACAUAAAGGGCAAAGAAGAUGGCGAUUUCGUCAUGCUCCAGCAGCCAUCUUUAGCAGCCGAGUUCACCAAGGAUGACUCUCUCUUCGGAGGCUGUUACACCAAAGGGCUGGUAGGUUGUGAUCUUAAUGGGGAGGAUGAGAAGGGUCAUAAGAACCGAUCAAAAAGCGAGAGUCUUAUGGGCACUCUAAAGAGGAGACUGUCUACCAAACAGAAAUCAAAAGUCAAAGGAGGCUCCACCGCAGUAGGCUCUGGAGAUGAUGAUGAUACCUUCUCUUCUUCAUCAGUCCCAAUAAGCUUUAAUGAAGUCAAAGCCCAGCGGCCCUUAAGGUCCUCGUCCCUCCGAAGCCAUCAUUACAGCCCUUCUCCAUGGCCUUUCCGGCCAGUAGGCUCCGAAGAGGCUUGCAUCAAGAUGGAAGUGAAGGUUAAAGCUAUGGUCCACUCCCCCAGUCCCAGUCCCUCCCUCAAUGGCAUCAGAAAGGAGUUCCAUGAGAUCCAAUUAGAAGGUCUGUUCCAGGACCAGAGCGAGUCGUUGAAGGACAUGGAGACUCAGAGUGGCAACUUGCAUUUGAACAUUGAGGAUCACGUGCCUAUUGGACUCACACCUCAGGACUACAUCCAGUACACAAUGCCUUUAAAUGAGGGAAUGUACACCGAUUCAUCCCAGUCCUUCUGCUUGGAUGGUCCCUCGCCAAUGGAAGUGGUCGAUCAGGUCGAAUCGAACUCAUUGCACGUGGAUCAGGGCCCGGAUGACCAUGAUCUCAUGCCAUCGGACAUCCUCAUGGAGCAGGCGGUGAACGGACAUCUUCCUGGUACUCCGGCGAUUGUCCUUUCCAACUCCAGAGCCGACACACCUUUAUUUUCUCCCACCCUGUCACCUCUUUCCAGCAACGGUAUUUCAAGGACCCUCUCUGGUUUCAAUGGUGCAGACUCUCAUGUUGUCGAGAGAGUGAGGCACCACCUGAAUUUUGACCCUAAUUCCGCUCCCGGUGUUAGCAGGGUGUACGAUUCUUUCCAAAGCAGCGGACCCAUGGUUGUAACAAGCCUUACAGAGGAACUUAAAAAACUGGCAAAGCAGGGUUGGUACUGGGGACCUAUAACUCGAUGGGAGGCCGAGGAGAAGCUCAUCAACCUUCAAGAUGGCUCUUUUUUGGUGAGGGACAGUUCAGACGAUCGCUAUCUCCUCAGCCUGAGCUUUCGGUCGCAGGGAAAGACGCUUCACACCAGGAUCGAACACUCGAAUGGCAGAUUCAGCUUUUACGAGCAGCCCGACGUAGAAGGUCACACUUCCAUCGUAGAUCUCAUCGAGCACUCUAUAAAAGACUCUGAAAACGGCGCGUUCUGUUACUCCAGAUCCCGUCUGCCGGGGUCUGCCAUGUACCCCGUUCGGCUGACCAAUCCCGUGUCGCGGUUCAUGCAAGUGCGUUCGCUGCAAUAUCUUUGCCGCUUUGUCAUCCGACAGUACACACGGAUAGAUUUGAUUCAGAAACUGCCUUUACCAAACAAAAUGAAAGAUUAUUUGCAGGAGAAGCACUACUGAACAGACUGUAGUGGGAUAUGGGAGUAAAUUGCACUUUUUGUUGAGUGGCGCGUUCUUAAAACAGUUUACAUAUAUGGAGGUCAGGUGAUCAGUUGCGUAGGUUGACUAUCCGAUCUUCCCACAGAAAUAUGCGGUAAAUUUGUUGUUGCUCAGAUUCAGUGUUUUACAUUUUGCAGGUCUUUUCAGAGCAACGUGGUAAGUCCAGAAACCAUUUAGAAUUGGGAUGCCAUGCCUAAUAUACAUAUUCGUAUUGAUUAUAUAUGUUUUGCAGUAAUGCUAAUACAAAGCUAGGAUUUUGAAGAUUGAAUGUUGCAUUAACGUGCUUCGUUCAUCAAUAGUUUUGCUGUAGUGUAAAGGUGUGAUCACAUUGGUGAAAUUUUGGCAAAAAGCACAGCUAUUUGAAGUCACUUUCAAACUGAGCAGCUUUCUGUUGGUCAGUUUGGCAAAUAUGAUACGAAAAUCUGAGUGAGGAAAUCUUUUGCAUCUUGUGUGAAAUUCCCAGUCAUGUGGAUUACUAUUGAAAUGGGUUUUCGCCCAUGAAAAUUCGCACCUUUACAAGAAAUGAGCUUUCUCUGGAAAUAUGAUGUCAGCCUCGUUUUUGGCAGGUUUUGAUAGUUUUCCUUCUACAAAUCGGUACUUUUAAUGAAACUUGCGAAUAUGCUGGAUGACUGAGUUUUGGUGGAAUACAGUUAUCACGUCGAAUGCAUCAAAGUUCGACAGACAACUUUUUUAUGAGAAUAAGUAUUUAUUUAGGAUUAAUGCUUUACAUUUAUUAGAGGUUUACAGUAAAACGUUUAUUCAUCCGUUUGACUUUUUUAGAUCUGUGCAACAACAAAUUCGGUCAGUCUUGUAUGAGAAGGCCACAAAGAGGACUGUGAAUCACAUCCAAAACAAAUCUUAUUGGAGAAUACAUGCAGAAUUCCACAAAUCUGUGAUGUCAUACUAAAAGGGAGCAGGGAGAGAACAAAAGAUGUUUUGUUUUGUAUUUAUUUUAUAUAGUGUGGUUCAUACAGUAUUCUGUUCUGUUUAAAUCAUUUUUGGCUCAUGUACAUUAAGCAAAGGUUUAUUAUAGUUCGUCUUAUUUGUUUUGUUAAACAUCAUUUUAAGUAUUUUCAUAUUCUAGUACUGGAAUGAUUGGAAUUGGUGACAACCUACCCAAACUUAAAAGCACAGCUUUAUAGAGACAUUUCACUUGUUUAUACUUGAACCAUAAGCAAACCUUUAAUUAAUCUGCAAAUUUCUCAAUUAUGCAUUCUCGAGUGAAUAUGGGAGAUUUUUUUUGCCCUUUGCCGAAUGACAGAAGGCUUUCCUCACCCUCUGUCCUCCAAAGUAGCAGCAUGUCAGCCUGUCAAUAUUUCAUAAACUCUUGCUUCAAGCCAAAAAUGUUGAAUUCAGACAUUUGAGAAGUUAUACACUGUUGUGCAUUUAGUUUUUCCCACGCCACCCAUCCUCUUUCCAGGAACCUGAAAGGGAAUUAUCUGUUGCUUUUGUUUUCUUUAAUGAGGGCUUUAAUAGGGCUUCAGAUAGGAACAAUUGUCAGUCAUUGGAUGCUCUUCUUUUGUAAGAGUUAGUGGUUUUUGUGCAUUGCUUAAAUGAUGCUGGGAUAAAUAUGACAUUAAAUGGUUUAGCUCAUGCGCUCUCAUGAGUCGGCGCUGCUUUGCUUUGGACUCCGUUGGGAUAAUCAGCAAACAGGGGAGCUUAUAAAUGUCUCUUUAGCUGGCAUAUUGAAUGUGUGGGAAUCAGAGCCAGAACUUUCUAUUUGCGGUUUCACACCACACAUGGUCUAAGGCUUUUAAGGGCCUUUUUUU